AUGCUCCGAGUGGUUCUUCUUCUCACCAUCCCUACAGUAGUUUUUGGUUUGGGACGGACCCAAUCCGUUGGUGUCAGAGGGCAACUGAUCUGUGAGGAUAAGCCAGCUGUUGGUGUUAAGGUCAAGAUCUAUGAUGAGGAUAAGUUAUCCCCUGACGAGUUAAUGGCCUCUGGAAAAACCGACUCCUCCGGAAAAUUCGACCUUAAAGGAUCGGCCGACGAGUUCACCUCAAUCGAGCCAAAAAUCAAUAUCUAUCACGACUGCGACGACGGAAUCAAACCUUGUCAAAGAAAAAUCACAGUUUACAUUCCAAGUCAAUACAUUGCCAGCGGAUCGGAGCCAAAGAAAAUCUUCGACUUUGGAACACUUCAGUUGGCUGGAAAGUUCUCCGGGGAGACUCGAGAUUGCUUGAACUAA